AUGCUGUGUGGUACAGUGCUUGUGUGGGUGGCCGUGUGCGCCGUUCUACCGCAUUGCGCGCAGUCCGUGUUUACGCAGUCGCAGAAAGACGCCAUGCUGGGCGCGCACAACAACGCCAGGUCUAUCGCCUCACCUACGCCCUGUACGCCACUACCAGCCAUGACGUGGAACACUGUACUGGCCAACUUGGCACAGGCGUACGCUGACAGGUGUAUUUACGAGCACAAUGAAGAUAGAAUAUCGGAAGCCAACGGAGCUUUCGGGUAUGUGGGUGAAAACCUGUUCAUCAGUACGAACACGCCCUCUGACCCUGCCGUCGUCAGUGUGACGUCAUGGGAUAAAGAGAAACAUUACUACGACUACGACACUCUGGCGUGCGCACCUGGCAAGGUCUGCGGUCAUUACACCCAGAUUGUGUGGAACUCCAGUCAGCAGCUGGGCUGCGGGGCGAAACUGUGCGACGCCGCAAACACCAAAAGCUACCCAUUCGACAAGAGUAAAUUCUCCAAAGGUUACAUUGUGGUGUGUAACUACGGACCGGGUGGCAACUAUCGUGGUCAGAAGCCGUACAAGACAUGUCCAACAGCUGUCGCUCCAUCACUCUCAUCCACCGCCCCUCCAUCCACAGCCGUGAGCGCAACGAGUACAACAAACUCAACGGGAAUCGAUUUGUUGGGAGGCAGUGCAGCCGGGUUGCCAGUGCCGCAUGCAUGCUUCACCCACGCUGUCCUCCUGCUCAUCACCAUAUGCCUAGUCAACUGGAGCAUGUGA